AUGAACAAAACCACGAUCGUUAAUAUACUAACUGUUGUGAACCUUGUGUUUAUUGUAUUUUAUUGCUUCAAAUCCCCUGACAUCUCUUCUACUUCUCAGCCAAUUUCUUCCCCUCCUUCAUUGCAAGCAAAUAUUGUUGUUUACAACAGGGUAAGCUCUUAAAUAUCUUUCCAGUUGUGUUUAGAUACCAAAGACUGGCUCAACUACCUUUACAAAUGCAAUUGGUUAUGAUUUGUUCAAGAAGAAUGGCUUUAAUGUUAUCCAUGUCAAUAUUACCAAGAACAUGAACACGUUAAGCGCUGCAGACCAAGCUGAUUUUGUGAGAAAUGUGUCUGAUUGGAAUGCCAGGAAACCUGCACUAUAUCAUGGUCACAUGGCUUUUCUUAAUUUUAAUCGCUUUGGGCGAAGAAACCCCAUCUACAUUAAUAUUCUGAGAGAACCUUUGGAAAGGUUCGUUUCGUACUAUUACUUCCUCAGAUAUGGAGAUAACUAUCGGGUGGGACUUAAGAGAAGUAGAUCGGGGAAUAAUGAGACGUUUGACGAAUGUAUUCAGAGAAAAGGGCGGGACUGUGAUCUUGACAAGUUAUGGGUUCAGAUCCCUUACUUUUGUGGACACUACAGCUUCUGCAAGUAUGUUAAUGACUCAACGAUGAUGUUCUUUUAGAAAACCAGGGAACCGACUGGCUUUUGAAACAGCGAGAAGCAAUCUCAUAAAUCAUUAUUUGUUGGUGGGAUAUACGGAUAAGAUCCGGGAGAUGAUCUUGGUGCUGGAGAAGGUUCUUCCUACGUUCUUCUCCGGCGCGCUCAAUCAUUUUGAUCAACUUGACGGUAAUGUAACUACAUUCAAGAAAUAAUUUCUCUCUAGGAAAUCGAUCACAUAUGAGGAGUACGACAAAAAAAAUUGAACCGAAAAGAGAAACAUUGGAGAAGAUCUCCAAGAACUCUGUGUUUAUUAUGGAAAAGGAAUUCUACGAGUUUGCUGUCAGCGAGUUUGACGCCACGUUUGACAGAGAAAUUGAGAACAAACACGAAAAAAAGUAUCGAUACGAAAAAAUGAGGCCAUAA